UAAUUCAUGUGAGAUUUCAUAAUUUUUGCCGAAAAAUUCUGAUCGAAAUAAGAAAAUACCUAUCAAGCAGGCCAACAAACAUCAUCACCCGAUUUGAGUAAUAAUGUCGGCAUCGGAACAAGCACCAAAAAUCAAGUACGGAGAAACCGCACCCAAGCUAGACAAGGCCCAAUUGCAGUUCAUGAAACUCAUUGAGCAACAGAACUUGGAUCGUGUCCAGAAACUGAAACGUGUGCGACGCAACAAUUUGCUGACCGCCGGAGCGCUAGGCGUUUCGGUGCUGGCCAUAUACGGCUACUCCAUAUUCUCUGUGCAGCAGGAGAAGUUCCUCGACGAUUUCGAGGAGCCCAAAAAAGUGACCACCAACUAA